AUGGAAAGCUUGAACCAAACAUCAGAUCAAAACCUGAGAGAUGAGCUCAGUUCAUCAGAUGAAUAUCAUCGGCCUUUGAACAUGGAAGGAGAAAACACUGUUCACAGUGAAGAGAAACUGUACAUUUGUUCUGUGUGUGGACAAGGUUUCAGCCAGUCAUUUGACCUGGCAAAACAUCAGUGCGCUCACAACAGGGAGAAACCGUGGAAAUGUGGGGACUGCGGGAAGGGAUUCAAUUGCCCAUCUGACCUGGAAACUCAUUGGCGCAGUCACACUGGGGAGAGACCGUUCACCUGCCCUGAGUGCGGGAAGGGGUUCACUCAGUCGUCUGACCUGCUGAGACACCAACGAGUUCACACUGGAAAGAGGCCGUUCACCUGCACAGAGUGUGGGAAGGGAUUCUCUCAGUCGUCCCACCUUCUGACACAUCAGCGAAUUCACACGGGGGAGAGGCCAUUCACUUGCCCCGAGUGUGGGCAGGGAUUUACUCAGCUAUCGACCCUGCUGCGACACCAGCGAAUUCACACCGGGGAGAGGCCGUUCACCUGCCCCAAGUGUGGGAAGGGAUUCACUGAGUCAUCCCAUCUGUUGACACACCAGCGAGUUCACACUGGGGAGAGGCCUUUCACCUGCACCGAGUGUGGGAAGGGUUUCAUUCGGUCAUCUACCCUGCUUAUACACCAGCGAGUUCACAACGGGGAGAGACCAUUCACCUGCUCCAAGUGUGGGAAGGGAUUCACAACCUCCUCCACCCUCCUGAAUCACCAGCGCAUUCACACUGGGGAGAGGCCAUUCACCUGCUCUGAGUGCGGGAAGGGAUUCACUCAGUCAUCCAAACUGGCGAAACAUCAGCGAUUUCACACGGGGGAGAAGCCAUUCAGAUGUUCUGAAUGUGGGAUGGCAUUCUCAGAGUCAUCCAAGCUGGUGAAACAUCAGCGAUUUCACACUGGAGACAGGCCAUUCAGAUGUUGUGAGUGUGGGAAAGGAUUCACUGACUCAUCUGACCUGCAGAAACAUAAGCGAAUCCAUACGGGGGAGAGGCCGUUCACCUGCCCCGAGUGUGGGAAGGGAUUCAGUCAGUCAUCCAACUUGCUGACACACCAGCGAGUUCACACUGGGGAACGGCCAUUCAUCUGCACCAAGUGUGGGAAGAGAUUUGCUCGUUCAUCCAACUUGCUAACACACCAGCGAAUUCACGAGGAACCACAUACCAUGGAGAAACCGUGGAAAUGUGAAGAUUGUGGGAAAGGAUUUAGUUACUCAUCCCGGCUGGAAAUCCAUCGACGCACUCACACUGGGGAGAGGCCAUUCACCUGCACAGUGUGUGGGAAGGGAUUUGCUCGGUCAUCCAAUCUUUGCUCACACCAGCGAGUUCACACUGAGGAGAAGCCAUUCAGCUGCACAACCUGUGGACAGAGCUUCAGAUCUUCAGACACGCUCACUGAACACGAGCGAAUUCACACAGGGCAGAAACCAUUCAGUUGCUUUGUGUGUGGGACGAGAUUCUCUCAGUUACACGCCCUCGAGUCACACCACCAUUUUCACACGAAGGAGAAUCCAUUCCGCUGCACUUCCUGCGGAAAGACAUUCAAGCAUUCGAUCGACCUCAAAGAACACCAACGCACCCACACUAGUGAGAAGCCAUUCACCUGCUCUGUGUGUGGGAGGAAAUUCUCUUGGUCAUCCCAGCUGCUGACACAUCAGCAAGUUCACACUGUGGAGAGGCCAUUCCCCUGCUGUGUGUGUGGGAUGGAAUUCACUCAGUCAUCCCAUCUGCAGAGACACCAACGAAUCCAUAAGUGACUGCAGGGCUUUGAUUCUGCUGUAACUGCUGCUGUUAAUCAUGUCUGAGAUUGAGAAUUGAUAAUAUUUGGUUUGUAUCUGAUAUUAACACCCCCUGUAACUGUG